CAUGGUCCACUAAGUGUGUUUUUUUCUCGUUAGGUCAUCCCAGCAGUCUUUUUUGAGUGCUUCAGAGAGAGCCGCACACACUGGAAUAGCUGGGAGAAUGUUUCUGUGGGCUGGAAGCAAAGGAGCUCAAGGAUCAGGAAGUGAGAGAAGCAGGACCUUUUAUCAGAAGAUUCGGGAGUAUGAUGUUUUGGAGAAGAGGAGGACGGUCACCGCGCUGAAAGCUGGAGAGGACAGAGCCAUUCUCUUAGGCCUCAGCAUGAUCCUUUUCUCUGCCAUGAUGUACUUUGUGUUAGGCAUCACAAUGGUGCGCUCGUACUCAGACAGCGUUUGGACAGAAGAGUCAAACUGUACAGUGCUGAAGUCUAACAUAGUUGCUGAGAUUAACUGCAGCUACAGUUGCGGCUCAGAGUGCAGGAAGAGUUCCAGGUUUCCCUGCCUUCAAGUAUACGUCAGUCUGAACUUCACCAGCAAAGUUCUGCGGCUGUCAUACAAUGAGGAGGCCCAUGAGGCCAACCCUGAGUGUUUUUACAUCCCAAAGUGCCACAAGGACCACACGCUGAUGCACAGCAUUGUGAUGAACAUCUCAGAGCGACUGAAGACGCACCAGCAGGUUCUGUGCUACUACGACCCCUCGGAGCAGCAGGACAGCGUCCUCCUGACACGUCUCUACGGCCGCGGGGCCAUCAUUAGCUCGCUCCUCUGGCCCACGUGCACACUGGUGGGGGGCACGCUCAUCAUUGCCAUGGUGAAGCUCACUCAGUACCUGUCUUUCCUGUGCGAGCAGAUCAGCCGAAUUAAAAGGAUGGGGCUCUAUUCCUUAAAAGGAGCCUCUCACACCAGGGUCUGCACUCGGAAGCUUAACGGCAGCAUCCAGGAUGGGGUUUGAAUGGAAGUUUCCAUGUGCGACAUUGUCAACAGACCUGUUUUCUACUCCGUAUAUAGUGACAAAGUGUUUCCGCUCUCAUGUGGUCUUCCUCUGACGCUCCAUCAGCCUUGUUAAUCUGCCGGGUUGUGCUGACAUGGCUGAAGUAAUGUUGUGAAUGAGAACUUCCUGUACCAUUGACUCAAUAGAGAUUCUAGUGGUCGUAGUUGGAACUUUUUACAAUAAGACUGGGUCAAGUCCAAUCCUGAAACUUAAGAGUCAAAAUAUGUGGACAUGUUGUGGGGUGUCAAUUACACUUUCUGACCAGCAGAUCGGAGACUCCAUUCCAAGGAGUUGCCACUGUGUAGCAAUGUCUUGACCAGCUGACGCUUGUGUAAUAACAGAAAUUAAAAGUAGAAUGUAUAUGCUACUGCCAUCAGUGGUGACUGCUGUGUGCUGUCAUUCAUGGCUCUUUGACAAACACCUGUGGACCUCU